ACAACUAAAAUGGCAAUACCGAAAUCAUAUGACAGUCAGUCGCCUUUUUCCGAACAAAAUGGCUGUGACCAUGGCUCUGUUUUGGGUUUCUCUUGUUCUUUCAAUAAUUGGUUCAAAUGCCAGCGGAGAGUUCAACAUACUCCAUAGUCCAGACUCCCUAAAAUUCACGGGAUCAGGAAAAACAUCAGAGAGCCUCUUGAAAGAGAUAUUUUCAGCUGCUCUUGGACUGUCUGUUGAAGAGAAUUCAGAAUGGAAAGGAAUGUAUGUUGUGGAUCCUUUCAACACACCUGAAGCUGUGGUUGAAAUUUACAUAGAUGGUGUCUCAAGCCUUGGUCAUGCGGGAUUGAAAACCAAGACCUAUCCUUUGAUUGUCGAUGAAUAUGAACCAGACACCUACCACGGUGUGAAGCACCGAAUCUUGCAGCGCUUCACCAAUGGCAGAAACAAAAUUGUUAACAUCAAACUGACUGAUGUUGAUGAGCUCAAGAAGAAUAUCUUUGGUGAUGCAAAGAAAUCCAAGCUAACGAAACUAAACCUUAUGCACUUAAAGUAUAAUGUAGAAGAAGACUACCACUUCUUGAAUGAGCUGGCUUCCCUGCAAGCUAUUACUACAAAGAUUGAGAAUGGAGAUAUUGUCCCUGAUAACAUGAUUGAUUUCUACAACUUACGCUUCCGUACUCUGCAUCCUCUGAGUGACUUCCAUGGCCCUAACUCUGUCCAUACCAAAGAAGCCAAGAAAUUAUUAGGUGAAGCUAUUGAUCAACUCAACAAGGCAUUCAUCAAAGCUUACGAUGGCUCUGUAUUAGUAACCCUUGUCACUACUGAUGUUGCCCACACUCGCCGCACCAUUCGAUCUGCUCCCGCUGCUGGCCCAGAUGGCAAGGCACCAGAAUAUGAAUGGCAAACAAAGGAAUUCAAAGCGGAAGAUGAAACUGAUGACAGUUACAGCUCUGAAUACCCUGCCAUCUUCAACAUUAUUCUUUGGUUUGCUGUGGUAAUAAUUUUCAGUCUGAUAGCGAUUGUAUACGCUCUGAUGGACAUGGAUCCUGGCAGGGACUCCAUCAUCUACAGGAUGACUAGCACAAGAAUGAAGAAGGACAAUUAAGUCUUUAAAUCUGUAGAACUUAAAUAAGUUCUUAUUGCAGUAUUGUAUUAGAGUCCAGUUUAUUUAAAUAUUGGAACUAAGAGAAAUCACAUUGUUGUUCCUUGAAAAUUAAUAUUGUACAGACCUUUGUUGACUAUUUCUGUACAUACAAAACUUGAUGUUUAAUAUUAAAAAUAGUGUUUAUUUAGUUAUAAAGUAAAUCAUUGUUAUGUGCUUAAACCAUCGUUAUUUAUUUUCAAAUUGUAUUAUAUGUAUAUCCUAUGAAUCUAGUGUAUCUACAAGUUUACCUUUCAGAAAUUUUUUCACAACUACAGGCAAUAAUUUAUUACAUAUUCUUUUUAAAUAAAUGUAAUUUUUACUGUGAUUUAUAGAUGUGUUUAUUUCUGUAAAUAAUUAACUUUGCACGUUGAUAUACAUAUUGCUCUAUAUAAAUCAAUAUUUACAGCUUAGUGUUGUUCUGUGUGAAGUGGUAUAUGUAGCGAGAUACUGUUGCGAUUUUGUGAAAAUAAAUACAUUCCCUGUACUAAACAAAUUUCA